GGGCUGCCCAUCCGCGGUGACGACAUCGCAACCUAUGGUGGCGAUGAUUGGAUCCUCAACAACGAGGCGGUGGUCAUCCGAGAGCUUGGGAUCACCAACCUCAUCCGUCACAGCGGCGCACCGACGAUUCACUCGGCCCCACCGGACAAGCGCCUCCUCCUCUACAUCAUCACCCGGAUUCUCCGCCCCCGGGACAGCAACCAUACCUCGCUCUUCAACGAGGACUUGAAGGCGAUUCAUGUCAUCAUCCACGGCGCCUCCAUCAAUUGGGCGAAAUUCGUGAUGAUCCACAUGGCGGAUUGCGCCUCCAUCGCCACUGAGCGGAGCUUGCCAUACGCCUUCCUCGUCAUGGACCUCAUCAUCUCCGCCGACAUCUCCAUCGCCGGCCCGGAUACGAAGAUGACAAAGAUUUGGAUCAUCCAAGACAGCACCUUCCGAAAGAAGUCCGGUGACGGAACCGGCGCUGGACCGAGUCGUGCCCGUGCCCCUGCCCCUGCCUCCGCUCCCACCAAGGCGUCCUUACAGUCCAUAGCCGAUACUCUGAAUCAGCUAACCCUCACAGUGGAUGGCAUGGGACAGUCAAUCAAGUGGAUGGACUGGACGCUGCAACGCCAACACCAUGACAUGACGGCGUUCUUCCGCGGCAUCAACUACGUCCCGCCGCCCUUUGACAGCACCUUCCUCGGCCAAAACUAUGAAGGCGAGGACGAGGAGGAUAACUCCUAUGCUCCAUCCUCCUCCCCCGACGAGGCCGACUUUGAGGACGCGGUCGACGGGGAUCCCAUGGACGUUGAGGACGACGAAGAAGACGAUGACGCCGAGGACGAGGACGCCGCAGCCUAAACUCUUCUUUCUUUUCCUUCCUUCCUAUGAUUAUUUUUAUUAUUAUUUUCAUUCCGUUGUAUUCCGCAUUUUCUCCUUUUUCAUGAAUAAAAGUUUACUUCUUUACUCCAAAGUUCACUUUUAAUUCUUUUUGUUAAUGUCAAAAGGGGGAAGAUAUCAAGGUUAUGCAUAAAUUGAGGGGGAAUUAUUUUUCAAAUAAAAUGGCAUCCAUUAAGGGGGAACACUUUUUAAAGUCUCAAAGACUUCCUCAUAUGCAUAACCUCAUCUCGUUUGCCAUUAUCAAAAAGGGGGAAAUUGUUG